GACGACGCCCAAACACAAAAACGAAAAGCCCUUUUGACGAAUGACGAUUCAGUGCAGGGUUUAACCUAAAUUUUCAAAUAAAUAAUGAAUAGAAUAUUAGGUAAUAAAAAAGAAGAAGAAGCAGCAGAAAUGGAAGAAGAACGACUCAAAGACGCCAUCCCAGCUUCCCAUAAGCUAGGAAGCCAGAGGGCUAAACCAUGGCCUCGUCCUCUAAUCCCCACUUCAUCUUCGCCGUCAUCGUCUCCUUGAUCGCCAUUACUGCUCCGAUCGGCGUCUCUCAACCCGCAGCCCCGUCGCCGGCGGCCGAUGCCUGCAACGGCAUCUUCCUGUCCUACGCCUACACCUCCGGGUCUCAGCUCCCGCCAAUCCGCAAGUCCGAUCCGGCCCAGCAGGCUUACAGGUUCGAAUCCACACUCACAGUGCUCAACAACGGCCUCGAGGAUCUUAAAUCGUGGAUGGUUUUUGUGGGGUUUCAGCACGACGAGUUUCUAGUGUCUGCUUCUAAUGCCGUGCUGGCCGACGGGAGUAGUCUCCCUACGGGUGUCGGAAACGGCACCGUUUUCGCCGGGUACCCCUCGACGGAUCUCAAGACGGCGAUCGAGACCGCCGGCGAUGCGACCCAGAUGGGGGUCCAGAUCGAUUUGGUGGGGACCCAAUUCGGAGUGAAGGCACCAAAUGUUCCUAUGCCUUCCAACAUAUCGCUGGCUAAUGAUGGGUUCGUCUGCCCUAAACCCACUAUGCAAGGAAAGAGUCAGAUGCAAGUCUGUUGCACAAAGGAUCCAAAGUUUACAUCAAAUGACACCGUGACUGAAAAAUUUCUGCCUCGCCAGAGUGGUGAUCUUACAAUACUGUAUGAUGUGACCAGAACAUACGAGUCAAAUUAUUGGGCACAAGUUACAAUUGAAAACCAUAAUCCUCUUGGUCGUCUUGAUAAUUGGAGAUUAAGUUGGGACUGGAUGAGGGAUGAAUUUAUCUAUAUCAUGAAAGGGGCUUAUCCAGAUAUUGUUGAUUCAUCUGAAUGCAUUUUUGGCAGGCAAGGUGAGUACUACCAGCAACUUGACUUUUCCACUGUUUUGAAUUGUGAAAGAAGGCCAACAAUUGUUGACCUGCCUCUAACAAAAGCCAAUGAUACGACCCUUGGGAAGAUCCCUUUUUGUUGCCGGAAUGGUACAAUCUUGCCACCAUCAAUGGACCCAAGCAAGUCAACUUCUGUUUUUCAAAUAAAUGUCUUCAAAAUGCCACCCGAUCUCAAUCGGUCCCAGCUUUCCCCACCUCAGAACUGGAGGAUCAAUGGCACAUUGAACCCAGAUUAUAAAUGUGGCCCUCCGGUGCGGGUGAGCCCUAGCCUAUUCCCAGAUCCUAGUGGGUUACCAUCAGAUUCAACAGCUGUUGCAAGCUGGCAAGUAGUCUGCAACAUCACAGAACCAAAGGGAGCAAGCCCCAAAUGUUGUGUAUCAUUUUCUGCAUAUUACAAUGAUUCUGUGAUCCCUUGCAAAACUUGUGCUUGUGGGUGUCCUAGUAAGAAAGGCCGAACUUGUAGUACCACUGCUCCAGCUAUUCUUCUUCCAUCAGAGGCCCUUCUAGUUCCAUUUGAGAACCGAACUGCCAUGACUCUAGCUUGGGCUGCAAUUAAACACCGGACGGUGCCAAGUCCCUUGCCCUGUGGAGAUAACUGUGGUGUCAGCAUCAACUGGCAUUUAUAUACUGACUACAAUCGCGGAUGGAGUGCAAGGGUCACAAUUUUUAACUGGGAUGAAAAUAAUUUUGCUGAUUGGUUUGCUGCAGUUCAAAUGGGCAAGGCAGCUCCCGGUUUUGAAGCAAUGUACUCAUUCAAUGGAACUACCUUGGAUGUGAAUGGUGAAAAUAAUACCAUAUUCAUGCAGGGUCUCCCAGACUUGAACUACCUUGUGGCAGAAACAGAUGGAGCCAACCCAGAGAGUCCUAGAGUGCCUGGAAAACAACAGUCUGUGAUCUCCUUCACAAAGAAAACAACCCCUGGAAUCAAUGUGGCUGGUGGGGAUGGGUUCCCCACGAAAGUUUUCUUCAAUGGAGAGGAGUGCUCGCUUCCCUCUGUAUAUCCAAUGAGUGCUGCUGGUAGAAAGAGCUUUGCCAUGGGCAUUUCAGCUCUUGUAACUGUACUGGUUUUCAUGUUAAUCCAGCAGGCCCUGGAAUUUCUCUAAUCACCCAGAUGACUUGAAAUUUGAAACCAGCGCCAGUACAUGGGAGGAAGUUGUGUUUUGGUUUGGCUUGACAUGCCAAUAUUGAUAUGCCUGUUCUGAGAGGAUGGUCAUAUUUUGUGUUCAUGAUCUAGCCAUAUGAUGUAGAAUUUGUACGUGUAUACAAACAAACAUUGAACAAUAUUUCCCAGUUCAAUUCUGUCUGUGUCCCUUCUGUGUCAUCACUUUCAUUUGUAUUCCCCUCUGUGGACUAGGGAAUGAAGAAUAUCAGAUUUUGAGCAA